AUUAUGUAAUGCAACGGCAUAUGUGUGGAUGAGAAGGGAGAGGGACCAUGUUAUUUUUCUCCGUGGUUAAACUGGAUUUACAGUACCGGGCUCGCGCUGUCCCCAAUUGAGUGGCAUUAUCAUGUACGGCGAUGGAGAGGGCACUGUUUGGGACAGAGUCGGACGCCCCCGACGGGACUGCAUGUGCUACCUCGGACCUCCGACAACUUUGAUGCCCAUCGGGAUGCGGAAGUCUCCCGAUGUGAGUCCCAGACGGCUUUCGGACAUCAGCCCCCAACUGAGACAACUAAAGUAUCUGGUUGUGGACGAGUCUAUCAAAGAAGACACUUUAAAAUCGUCCCGUUCCUUUGAAGACAUUAACAGCGCGUCGAUAGAGGAGAGGAUCUUGAGGAUCACUGGAUACUACGGCUAUCAACCUUGGAAUGCUGUCUACACCAACAGAGAAGACCGUCCCAGAGAGAAUGUGGUGGGCAGCACAGCGGACGGCCAGGCGGCAAACGGCGGGGCGCCGGGGGCGGAGCCUGCUACGGGGAGGUGGAGACUUCGUUGCUGCAUCAAAGUCACAGCCGUACAGGUGCGGAAGGCGCUGUGGGGCAUUGCCAUGGUGAUGUGUGUGUGCUCAUCGUGGGCGGGGUCCACCCAGCUGGCCAAGCUCACCUUUAAGCAGUUUGACGCUCCAUUCACCCUCACCUGGUUCGCCACCACCUGGAACUGCCUGUUCUUCCCCCUCUACUACAUCGGACACCUGUGUAAGAGCCCUGAGAGACAGACCCCCAGACAGAGGUUCAGGGAGUGUUGUCGGUUCUUUGGGGACGACGGGCUGACAGCCAAGGUGUUCUUCACUAAGGUGGCUCCGUUUGGAUUGCUGUGGAUCCUCACCAAUUACCUGUACCUACAGGCCCUGAGGAAGAUCAACACUACAGACGUGUCAGCUCUGUUCUGCUGCAACAAGGCCUUCGUAUUCCUGCUCUCUUGGAUCGUACUGAGAGACCGCUUCAUGGGGGUCAGGGUGAGUUACUUGGGCUUUAACCUGGAUGAACCAGAGGCUAAUGGCUCCCUGCCUCCCAGACUCUAA